UGUUAAAGCGUGCCAUUAAAGGACAUCCAUUUGGUUACAGAUCUUGUCUUUUUCCUCAAUGGCUUUAACUUAUUAAGCCCAAUUCAACUUCUUCACUCAUUUUCCCUUCUGGGUAUACUCCUGAACUUGCAUUAUUGAAACCUGUUCUUGUUGCUUUUAGCUUCCUUAAAUUAUUGUUCAAAGCCACUGAAGAAACUCCAUCCGAUUUUACGAUUAACCUUUAAAUCUUGCUUGUAGUUUGAUGUGGCUUCACUACAUUGCUUCUUUCUCUUGAUUUGUGUUUAUUUUAUUCUACAACUCAUAUCAAUCUCUAAACUUCACUUCCACAUCUUGAUUAUCUCCAAAACUUUUAGAUACUUGCAUUUCUUUUUGCAAAUUUUUAUUGGAUUUGUGAGCUUUUCAUGUUGGAAGUAGACACAAUUUGUGAUGUCUUAUUACGGCCAUCCAGACCCAUCUAGUUCUUACCCUUCAUCAACAUCUUCAAAUGAAAAUGAGUCAGCUGAGUUGAAGCUUUACCAAGCUUUCAUUUUUUCUGUUCCCAUUUUCUUCACUUUUAUCCUUCUUUUCUUGUUCUACUUGUUCUAUCUUCGGCGCAGGCGAGUUGAUUGGCCAUCUCUUCAAAUGCGAAGCUCUUUAGAAAACAAUAGCCUUAAUGAUCUUUCAAGGCAGGCUGAAAUGGGCUUGAAGAAAGAAUUGAGAGAGAUGUUGCCUAUUAUCAUAUAUAAAGAGAGCUUCUCUAUCAAAGAUAUACAAUGUUCAGUUUGUCUUGCGGACUACCUAGCAGAAGAUAAACUUCAACAGAUACCUGCAUGUGGUCAUGCAUUCCACAUGGAUUGCAUUGACCACUGGCUUGCCACCCACACCACUUGCCCACUAUGCCGUCUUUCCCUCAUUCCUUCUGCUAAAGCUCCUAUUGAAUCACCUGACACCCAAGAAGGAACUAGUCAAGAAUCUUCCUUGACAGAGAACGGUGAUGGAGCGUCUGAUCAACCUAUUUCUGAAGCUUGUGAAGAAACACGAGCUAUAGAACAUCCUGAGUCAAGGAAUAGAAAUGCAGGAGCCAUUGAAAACAAUUCUGAAGUAGAGGAAACUUCUCAAUGUUUUGAUCAAGGAACUGAGUUUCAGGAUACAAGGAAUGAAACUGAAAAUGAUGACCAUAGCAGACGGAUCCCUGCUUAAGAUAAGACUAUAACAAUCAGGUCACAAUGAUGAAGCCUAAUGCCAUCGUGUUGCACCUCUAUUCUUCUUACAAAACCAGUUGAAUAGCAUGAAGCUUCUGAGUUGACAAAUUCUUGUUUGCCAACUAAAUGUAAUGAACAAAUGAUCGCACAGCCAAAAUUUCCUUCGUCUCCCUUGUUGCUGUCACCUCAGGCUCAAGGAACUUGUCAAUGACAAGGAUUUUCAAAGAAAGUUCAUGAUGAGAAUGAAACAAAAGAGCAAAGAAUGGAUGUUCAUGGUUGAAUUUGGUUUAUCAAUGUUGUUUUGUUUAAUUUAAUAUUUAUAGUAACUCUGCAAUGUUCUAUUGCAUUUGACUUGGAACUCCCGAUUAUAAAGAGUACAUUGAGAAGGUUCUGUUGAAAUUGUAAUUUGAGAAACAUAGUUGAAUAUGGAAUAUUUAUUGAAUCUAGUUUAAACUUGCUGAAA